AUGGAUUCUCAAAUCGCAAGAUCUAUCUCUGAAGACAAUAACUCAUCCGAUGAUGAGUGGACACCACCUCCCAUGAGGAGUAAUCAUGAUCAUCAUGGCAAUGAUACCAGAUCCAAAGUAUCCAGAAUCAACAUUCGCGUGGGAUCGAAGCAAGCUCCUACCACGUCCAACCGAUUGAAACCAUCAAAAGAAGCAGUAAUCAAGAAGGUUUCACCAAACAAACGAAAAGCAGCUUUUGCUCGCAAUUUUGAAUGGUUGAAGUAUAUCAUGAAGACGCAUCACCCUAAUGGUGGGUAUGUUCUCCCUGCACGAGACUGCCCAGAAAACAAGACAUUUCGUCGUUGGAUCCAAACCAUACGCUAUCAGUAUCGUCAGAAACGCUAUGGCGAACUCAGCUAUAUUACCGACGAGCAAAUUCAGCAGCUGAACGGCAUUGGAUUCCUUUGGGAGAAACCAAUGCCGUCGAAUAAGCAUGAGCAACCCCAAGGAUCCAUCAACAAGGAUUCCUCCAAGCCCAAUGAGACUCGAAAUAGCUCCGUCGCCACCAAAUCGAUGCCGACACCACAAAGGACUAAUCGUACGUCCAACAUCAAAGCAACAACUACUCAACUAGAUUCAUCUAAGAACCCCAAGGAACGGUGGGAUGUUCGAUUCGAUAAGCUGGUAGCACACAAGAAGAUCCACGAAUGGGAUAAACCAAAGCUGUCCCGGUGGGUCGCUCGUCAGCGUUUUCUUUACAAGAACAAGAUUCUUUCGGAUGACCGCAUUCAAAAGUUAAAUAGCAUUGGCUUUUUGUGGGAGGGCAAGGAGGAGGAGGGAAGUGCUGCAUCCUUACGAAUGAAGAAAGUCAGUGAAGAGCGUAGCAAAGUCUCCAACAAGGCUUCACGGAGCCAAAAGGGCAAUAAUGUCCAUCAAAGCACAAGCGGAUCAAUCAAGUCCUCUCGCCGCAGCAGAGAUGCUUCAAUUCCCUCUCAACACGACGACUCUGGGCCUAUCAUUGUCAUUGACGAUGAUGACGAGGAGUUGGAAUGGAUCGACGAAACUGCCCCAUGCAGCAACUUGAAUGAAUCUGUAAACAACCAAAAUGAAAGUAUUGACGACCAUAGCCGAAAGACUAAGGAACUCACAACUAAAAGCACUUUGAAACGGAAGCGUAAGUCUGCUGUCGGUGAUUGUGAUGGUGAGGAAAAGGAGAAGUCGAAGCCCAAUCGCCGCAACGAUAGCAGUACCACUUUCUUAUCUCCGCCAUCAAAGAAAACGAAGGCAGAUUCUGAUGUACUGAGCGAUCCUUCGUCCUCCUCUCCAUUCGAACGUCUCGGAAAAGACGAUCUGCUCCAUUUGUGCAUGGAUCAACUAGUGAAGAAGCUUUGCGCAGACAAAGAUGCCCAGCUCAAUGCACUGAAGAAUGAACUUAGGGAUCUUCAAUCCGAAAAAGAAAAGGCAAAACAAACGAUGCAAAGUAUUUCUCAGGACUUUUCUGACAAUAUGAAAGGUCUGAAACAGGAAUUGGAACGCCGUCGAUUGGAGCAGAUUCAUACGGAAGAAUCGCUUCGAGCUGAAAAUUGCAAGCUCAAGCGAGCGAUCUCGCAGGUGCUAGAAACUUGUGAGAGUCGCAAAUCCAUUAUUGCUGACAGGGAAAAAGUAGCAACAGAACUUCACCACAUGAACCAGAGUUUGCAGAAGUCAAAGUUGGACAAUGAACAGCAUCUCAAUCGGGCAAACAAGGAUGUACAUUCUUUCAAGGCAAAGCUUCAGAAUGCUUUACUGCACCAAAGAGCUUAUUUGGGGGAGAAUCUAAGCCUCCGUCAAGCAAACGACAAAAUGAAGCAAACCAUUGUUGGUCUAGAAAACCAGUUGGAGGACUUGGAAGAGGAAAAGAAUCAAAUGAAGAUGAAACAUGCCAUGGAACUUGGGUUUCAGGAAGGGGCAGAAGAUGAUAUUCCGUGA